AAUAUUUCAAUUAUGAUUUUCUAUCAAAGUUUAAGGAUUUGUUUCUAUCCACUUAUUGAUGGUAAUAAAAAGAAAAUCUAUUCAAUCCCUAUUCUAUUUAUAAAUAUGAAAAGAAACAAUUAGGUUUAUAUUCUUUGAUAAAUUAUUUUAUGUAUGUCAGUGAUUAUCUAAAUGAAAAAGGAUUUAUUGUGGAAAUUUAUUUUACUUUUCUGUUUAAAAAUGAAUUAUUCCAUGUUUCAAGAUCAUAUUAUCACGUGGGAUAUUAAUAAUAAAUUAUUUUCAUCAAACGUAACAAUGUUCAAAGUAAAAGAAGGCGACAAUAUAGUUUUCAUAUGUCCUAAUGAUGUGAGAAGAAGUCAAAAAUUAUUUUGGACAAUGAGCAAAGAAACGUACGAUGAUUGUGGUGCACCUAGCUCGUCUCAAACUGUGAAGCUAUUGGAUUGUAGUCAAAGCCCCAAAAACACAGAGUUCAUUUUAAAAGUAGCACAGUUUUCAGAAAUUCCUUAUUCUCCACAUUUUCGAGAAAACGAUUUUGUUUACUUUUUAGGUCAGCAUGAUUUAUGCUCGAUUUACAAUCUUCGUAUUGCUGUUAAAUUAGUCCCAGCUAAAAGUGUAAAUAAUAAUCAAGUGUUAUCAACAUCAACACAAAAAUUAAAUAAUUUUGUUAAUGAUAAAGAUAAUUCUCCUAAUACUAUUACCUCAGAUACAUAUAAAUUAAAUCCCCACAGAACUGAAACAUUAUCAGCAUGGACACGUUAUAGAUUUCUUCUCAUUCCAGGUUCACUUGGUUUUCUUACAUUAAUUGGAAUACAGGCUGUGAUUUGUGCAUUAUGGCAUCCAAAGAAAUCAACUCAAUGUAGAAUAUGUUGUUUAUCACAUAUAAUAAAUAAAUCAAAUGAUAGAACUAAUGAUACAAAUGAAAUAUCUAUAACACCAAUAGAAAUGUUAGAAACAUCAUUAACUAGAAAAUCAUUUGAUAAUCAUCAAAAUCAAUCUAUUCAAACAAAUACACUUAUAACUCAAUCAAAUUUAAAUGAACAAUAUAAUAAAGAAGAUUUUAUUAAUAAUUCUAAACGAAAUUCUGAUAUUGUUAACAUGGUACAAGAUACAUAUACAUUAAAUAAUAAAUGUAUUUUAGAUAAAUCAUCAUCUACUAUUCAAUUAAUUACAAAUAAUGAAGUACCAAUAUUAACUAUACCAACAACACAAACAUCAUUAACAAAUAAUAAUUAUAAUGUACAGUUUUAUACUUGUCCAUAUCCUAUUGAUAAUAAUUUAACAUGUUUAGUUCCAGUGAAAGUUAAUAAAUCCACUGAAAUCUUUUCUACUGAUAUAGUUAAUUUAGGAAGUGUUAUUAAUAUAUCUGUAUAA